GCGGCGGGACUUGGACGUGUCCCCGGCUGUGGUGAAGGCGUGGGGAAGGGUGGGGUGAGGGGGCGAGGCCGCAACGAGGGCGGCGACACUCUCCUCCUCUUGGCUCAGGCGGUGUGGGUCGGCGUGGACGUGUGUUUGGAGGGAUGUCCGCCUUUUCCGAGGCGGCGCUGGAGAAGAAGCUGUCGGAGUUGAGCAACUCGCAGCAGAGCGUGCAGACCUUGUCCCUGUGGCUCAUCCAUCACCGCAAGCACUCGCGGCCCAUCGUCACCGUGUGGGAGCGGGAGCUGCGGAAAGCGAAACCCAACAGGAAGCUUACUUUUCUCUACCUAGCCAAUGAUGUCAUUCAGAACAGCAAAAGGAAGGGGCCAGAGUUUACAAAGGACUUUGCACCAGUUAUAGUGGAGGCUUUUAAGCAUGUUUCCAGUGAAACUGAUGAAAGUUGUAAGAAACAUCUUGGAAGAGUAUUAUCUAUUUGGGAAGAAAGAUCUGUUUAUGAAAACGAUGUAUUAGACCAACUUAAGCAAGCUCUUUAUGGUGAUAAAAAGACUAGGAAGCGAACUUAUGAGCAAAUAAAAGUGGAUGACAAUGAAAACUGUUCUCUGGAAUCUCCAAGUGAACCACCCCAGACUCUAGAUCUCGUUAGAGCCCUGCAAGAUCUAGAAAAUGCAGCUUCUGGUGAUGCAGCAGUCCAUCAGCGGAUAGCUUCUUUGCCUGUGGAAGUUCAAGAAGUAUCUCUCCUUGAUAAAAUAACAGAUAAAGAAUCUGGAGAAAGGCUUUCUAAAAUGGUAGAGGAUGCUUGUAUGUUGCUGGCAGAUUAUAAUGGCAGAUUGGCGGCAGAAAUAGAUGAUAGAAAGCAGCUCACUCGAAUGUUAGCAGAUUUUCUUCGUUGUCAAAAGGAAGCCCUUGCAGAGAAAGAGCAUAAAUUGGAAGAAUACAAGCGCAAGUUAGCCAGAGUUUCCCUGGUACGAAAAGAACUGAGGUCUCGGAUCCAGAGCCUGCCAGAUUUAUCUCGAUUGCCAAAUGUCACUGGCAGUCACAUGCACCUGCCCUUUGCUGGAGACAUCUACAGUGAAGACUGACGACCAGUCUCUUUCCAGGACCCAGAACUUUGAAAGAGAUGAAGACAGAUUAGGUGGAUAGUUCUGUAAGCAUUAUUUUUGUAUAUUGUUGAGAGAGUGGUACUAACAAAGAAAUGACAAGUAAUUUAUAAAAUUGUUAAAAUGUUGGUUUGUUUACUAUUUUACUAGUAAGUUAAUGUGACUAGGCUAAAUAAGGUAAUGAUCCCUGUGUAUCAGUAACUCACAAAUAGUGAUUAUUUUCAGAAGACCUUUUUGUAAAUUCUUUUGAUCCAGGUCCUUGUGAGAGAUUCCAUGUUUCUAUUUCUUCAUGUAUUUUCAGUUGCUUUUCUUUUUCUUUCUUUUUUUUUCCAGUAUCUAAUCACUGUAUACUAUCUAAUUCUAAAGGGGAAGAACGAAUCAGGAUCUGGUUGACUUUAUUAUGGUACAGUUUAAGACUUGACUGUAGAAGGGAUUAAAUGUUCCAAUUUAAUUUUCACCCAUCUUCCCAACACCAUAGCUGGUUCUGUGCCUUUUCAAGGCCUUUGGUUCCUUAGAGGUCUGUAACUUAACAGUAAACAUGAUGCCACUGGGGGGUCAGGUCAAAGCCUAGAGAACUUUCCCCCAUAGCACUGUAGGAGUUCCAUUCCAACUGCCAGUGUAAAAUAAAAAGAUUACUAAAUAGGGAAUACUUUGGUUGUACUGUUGAGAAUUAUUUGAGUAGAUUAAAAUGAAAAUGUUAUAAAACUUGACACACUACCAAGAGAAGAGCUUUGGGUCUGGAACUGAUUCCUAUUUGUCAAGUCAGUCUUGUUUUAAACAUAAUCAAUCCCUUCAACAAAAAAGCCAUCUGUGGGAUUAAAAGAAACAAAGUAAUGAUCCUUUUAUUAUUUCCUUGGGCAUAUAACUUAAAAACUCUAGAACUUUUAGCACUAAAAACUCAAGAAUUCAAUAUUCAUUAACAUUGAGUAAACUAACCUUGGAACAUUGGUAUAGUUUAAGGUUUUUGAAUGACUGUACUCUUGGAAAUGAAGCAGUGCUACACUACAGGGUAGAUUGGGUAAAUUCUAUAUUUGUAUGUUUACAGAUGUAAAUAUAAAACAAAUGUACUUUUACCUUUUAUUUCUAACUCUGUGUGUUAGGGCAGUUGCAUGCUCUCCAGCCUUUUUGGAUUUCAUUGUUAAGCUGUGAAUUUGUAUUCAAUAAUAAUUUAGAACAAGCAUCUUUAUCUUUCAUUGCUUUACAUGUUAGACAUUUCUCCUAUCAGAUUCAAAUUAGAUAGUUAAUAGAACACCCUUUAAAUCACACAAGCCAAUUAUGUCUCACUACUCUAAAUGGCUGCACUCUGUUCUCUCAGUGUUAGAGACUAUAGUUAAAAUGAUUACCAGUGAAAAAGGCAGAUAUUUAUUUUUAAUAGAUAGUAGUUGUGGAAACUGAUUGUAAAAUUUUGACCUCUCUUCAAAACAGAUGCAUAGAAGUAGUCAUUCAUCCACUUACAUGUAUAUCUUUUACUCAGUGUUUUGAACAGCUUUUGGGACUUAGGAUGUUUUCUCACAGAAACAAUAGUCAGGUUCCCUGUCACACACUACUACUGAAGCUCAGCUGGAAACCUAAUCCACUUAACCAUGAAUGUACUUGUGGUACGGUUGAUAAGUUACUUGUAGAUCAUGGCCAGCAUUUGUAAUGUCACUCUAAGGAAAUUAUGUGUGGAGCCAGACACAUACUGAAGUGUAUGCCUCUGUGGUUAGGUAUGGGAAAUACAAGGAAAGAUUCUGCAAAGGAGGGAGGUAAUAAAUGCACAGCUACGAAACCUGGUUAUCACUGUUAUGAAAGUAUACGAAGUAAGUUAGUUUUUGUUGUUAAUGUGAAAGCAAAAUUGUAUGCUAAUUUAUUUCAGUAUCUUGGCUUUAUUUAUGAUCUGCUAAUGUGAUUUAUUCAUUCAAAAAUAUUUUUUCCAGUUAAAACUAAUUUAUAAAGUAUGUACUCCUAGCAACACUUAAAAUCUUUGAGAAGUAUGUGGAAAUAUUUUCACUAUUCAUGACAAACUUCUGACUUAGAUACUGAUUUUAAUUCCAGUAUCUUCUCUAAAUAUUUAUGAUAAAAAUGCAUUAUUUUUUUAGAGCUCGAUGAGAUUUGUGAUGUGAUAGUAUUCAAGUACCUGAAUUGCACCCCUUGACCAGUCAGUCCUCCACAAACCUCAGUUGUUGGUUAGCUCACUAACUGAACACAAACUAGUCACAAACAUUUCAGCCUUAUAAUAGUUAACAUGGUAAGCCUUAGCAG